GUGAGGUUUGGACCUCCUCGAAACCUUCCGACUUGUCAUCGAUUGCAACCCUCGAUUCAUCGGCAUUGGAUUAUCGUUCCGAAGUUGUCCCUGAUGCAAGUUCGCCUUUAAAAUCAUCCUUUGGGGAAAACACGAUGUUUAGUUCCCGUCUGCGAGGAUUUUUCGUUGCGCCGUCCGACAAUAAUUACACGUUCUUUAUCCAGGCUGACGACAAAGCAGAACUGUAUUUGAGUACUGAUUCACUUGCCACGAAGAAGCGAAAAAUCGCUUCAUGCCCCGAUGCUGCCACCAUCUGGAACAAACAUCCAGAGCAACGAUCAGCGGUCUUCUCUCUCAAGGCGGGGCAUGCGUACUACAUGGAGGCUUACCACUUACAGGGAAGAGGAUCGAGUCACGUGCGCAUUGGAGUGAAGCUUGAGAAAACAAGAUAUGUCAAUUCACAGAUAGGGUCAGCGGUUAACGAGAAACAGGUUAUACGAGUUCUGUCAACUGAACGUCCCGAAACGCAGAUCAUCAACAUCACGAAUUGGGACAGCGGACUGACGUACGAGAUGCAACGAAUAUCAGUCACACCAAACUGUACUGGUGCAAACCAAUCUAUUUGUGGUGAACAGUUUCAGCUCAGUUACAGCGGCCACAAGACAAUCAUGCUAAACUUACAUUCCACGUCGGAGCUGGUACAGAAUGCCAUAAACAAUCUAGCACCAAUCACGCAACAGGGAAACGUGACAGUCACGAAAGACAACUUAAAUGGGGCAUCAAAUUACAAUGUAACGUUCAUAUUUGAGUUACCUUCAAAAACGAAGUCUUUAGAGUCUUUGUUAGUUGGUAAUGGAGCCUUUGUGACGAUAGCACAGACUCAAAAAGGCAGAAAUGGUAACUGGAAAUUCAGGUUUUCUCUAAGAACGAGAAUCUCCGACUACAUUCGGGUAAAUGCUAGCGGAAAUGACGUCAAAACUGCUUUACAGAGCAUGCUCAGUUGGCAGUGUAGUUACCAGAUCCCUAUAGGUCGUGCUUGGUAUUACAAUGGUUUCGAGUCCAAGAGUUUGGGUCCUGAGUUUGGCGAACGCGUUGUUGAUGAAAGAUCAUUUUGUGGUCGAGUAUCUCUUAGGAAUCCUUCUUACAUCUUUCGUGCUGGUCAGACUCGUAGUCUAGGAGGAAGAGCUUUAAAGGGAAUAGAUGUUUCGAAGUAUCGUCAGCUUUGUUUUGCAUACAAGGGUGCUUACAAACCUUAUCUGAAAUUCUACGUAUCCUACACGGACCGUUCAGGGAAUGGUCGACAAGUGUGGAGAAAGUACGGCUUUACUCCCGUGACGACCACAAAAUGGAAAUAUUAUUGUAUGAGUAUCCAUGACAACGUGUACAGUGACAGCUACCUUAAUAGUCAGGCCAACAAAGACUAUGGAUAUUACGUAGAUGAGAUAAAGAUUACUAAAGAUACCAACACCGAUAUCUAUGUGGAUGAUGUCAUUAUUUGGAGAGAUUCUGUCAACGUGUUGCGACAAUAUCCUGCAGCAGAACCUGGAGGUCACGUGGUUAAAUCAUUUGACGUCCGUCAGAUGGGGUCAGCAGUAUGGGCCAUAUAUCUCACGCCCGCGCAUUGUGGUACAGAGCUCGAGAUGAUCGAGAUUGUAGACGCUCGAAAAGAUGUUCAUAAUACUUCUGAUGACAUCACGAGGUAUCGUCCUGUCAAUCAAACUGAAGCCAUGGUAACGGUGACACGUGUUCAGAGGGCUACGCCUCCUGUUGGCGGGACUUUCGAUUUGAGUUUUAAUGGAGAAAGUUACUCUGGAAUUUCUUCAAGUAUUUCUGCGUCCGAGCUCAAAUCAAAACUCGAAAAUGACUUAAACAUUGGACUGAUCAAUGUAACUCGUACUGGCGCAUGCGCAGGGUACAACUGGACCAUAGAGUGGGUCACUUCCGGCGGAAAUCAACCAGACAUCGAAGUAGACGGAAGUGGUUUAACAGGAAAUGACGUAUCAGCGAAGUCAGAGACUCUAGAUGAUGGUGGUAUGUUUCUUAGGCCGAUUCCUGGUGAGAUGUUACGAGUAGCGGAAACGAAACCACAGGUUUCAGUGAUGGUCAAUAAUAUUCCUUCAAGUUGUUCUACAAGAAAAUGCUCUUUUCUUUACUCGCCUCACUCAACACCAAACCUGACCUCCAUCACCCCAAACAAAGGACAGCCAGGAGCAACUUUACAGCUAACCGGAAGUGGCUUUAGCACCAACGCGCAGGACAACAACGUGACUAUUGGUGGAACUCCCUGUCAUGUGACCGGAAGCACAUCUUCUACCAUAACGUGUUUCGCUGGCCAAUCCGUUGGUGGAACUAAUGACGUGAAUGUGAAUGUUAAGACAUUGGGGUUUGCAAAACACGUGAACGGUCAUGUGACAUUUGUUCAAGAAGUGACUGUAACCAAGGUAACACCAAACACUGGAAGUGUCGCUGGUGGGACAACGUUAUAUAUAACCGGAAAUGGAUUUUCAUUGGAUGCUUCACAGCUGACUGUCAUGUUAGGGAAUAGUGACUGUAGAAUAAUCAACUCAUCUUGGUCUCAGAUCACAUGCAUCACAUCAAAACAUGUACAAUCCAAGGAAGAUCUUCAGGUCAAAGUCCGAAACCAAACCGGUUUUCUACGAAACGCUUUCCAGUUUGACCUGUCAAAGACGCCAAUCGUCACCACUAUUAGUCCACUAACACAAAGUGUAGGCGGCGGCGGCGGCGGCGAGUUAGUCAUUUCUGGUACAAAUUUUGGAUCACGUGGAACGGUUCUGAUUGGUCAAAAACCAUGUCAAAUCAUCGUACACUACCCUUCACUCAUCAGAUGCACUAUCCCCGCGCAUGCGCCUGGGAUAUAUGACGUCAUCAUCAAUGUCCCAGGAAAUGGUUAUGCAUCAUAUCAAGGAGCUCCACCACGUAUUGAGUACGUCCUGGAAGUGACUGACGUCUAUCCGCGCCAGGGAUCUGUGUUCGGGGGUACCCUAGUGAUCAUCAGGGGUCGUGGCUUCAAUGCGGUGGGGAAUGUGGUUACCAUGGGUGACGUGCCUUGUACUGUGGUGUCGAGUAGAAGUGAUCAGAUACUGUGUAAAACAACUGACUCCUCUAUCACACAUUAUGUUGAUAAUUCAGGGAUUCAUCCAGAGUACGGUCUUGGAUAUGCUUGGAACCCACAAACGAUUACAAUCAAUUCAGGAGACACUGUUAAGUGGCAGUGGUCCAGUCCAGAGAUGACUAACCUUCAAUACGGCAUCCAACAGACAAACGAUUCUUCAAGCACAUCGUAUAAUGGUAAAGGGUUCAAAAGUGAACGAACCAGUACCGGCUGGUACCAGCACCGCUUCAACGUACCGGGCACUUAUUACUACUCUAGUGGGUUCAUCGAUCCUUAUGACGUCAUCAACAUGAAGGGCAAAAUUGUGGUCACGGAACCGAGGUCCAAGGCAACAAAUGUUACAGUUCAAGUUGGAAAUUUUACCGCUGUUCAUAAUCUAACACAGACUGUCCCUCCCCUCCCUUCGACUUUUGAUUGCCAUACAGGUAUUACCUCAGAGAUAUCUCAGUGCAAUCCUUCAAUGCCAACGAAUCAGCAUUCAAGCUUUGUAUUUCACAAAUGCAGUACACCGGAAGUGACGUCAGUUACCCCUAACAUUGGUACCAGUUCCUCCGUGUUGACUAUACGCGGUCGAGGACUAGGGCCUAGUCCGUGUCACAGUGAAGUAACAAUAGCAUCACAGCAAUGCAUCAUACUUACGAGCUCUUCUGACGUCAUCACGUGUAGGGUAACCACGGGCAACGCUCUCACCGCAGGAGUACCUUAUGACGUCAAUGUACGCGUCAACAACCGGGGCAAUGCCUGGCUUAAGACAGAUGAUGUAGCAUCAAUGAGAUUUAACCUACGCCCUACGGUAACGUCUGUGUCACCUUGGUCAGGGUCAUUAGCAGGGGGGACUGUGUUGACUAUUAAUGGAGUUGGCUUUUCUCAAAUACCGGGAUUGAAUAUCGUCAAGAUUGGGCCGACGAAUUGUACCAUCCUAUCAACUGGUCCAUCAGAAAUAAAAUGCGUCACACAGCCUUACUUAGUAUCAAAGAAACUUAACUUGUCAGUCAGUGUCAAUAACAAGGAGAGUAUCUGUGUGUCUCGUGUUGGAUGUGCUUUCACAUUCUCUGACUCCUCCACACCAAUGAUCGAUUACGUCACACCAGACUCUAUCAUCGGAGAUCACAAUGUUAUCAACUUCUACGGUACAGGUCUCCUGGCUAAGAACUCUGACAUUACUAUUCAAUUUGGAAACGAAUCUUGUAAGGUACUAACAGCCACACAUUAUGCAAUACUGUGUAGUAUAGGAACAGUAGUGGCUGGUUCCCAUGAGAUAUCAGUCCGUAUUAACCCUAAAGGAUACGCCAUGAUGGAUGUCGAUGCUGCUAAAGCGGUUGUUAGUUUAGCUCUUGUUUCUGAUAUCUCACCAACUGAAGGGAGUGAGUACGGAGGUACGGAGGUGACUAUCUCAGGAAAUGGAUUCGACCCUGGUUCUGGUCAGACGACUGUUCUUAUUGGUGGAAAUAUAUGUGUGAUUUCAAAAGUUACAAACUCUAAGAUUACAUGUGUGACAUCAGCCCAUAAGACAGGAUCAUUUGAGGUGGAUUUAACCUCUGGAGGAAAACUCUUCCCCGGUCUCAGAUUCGCCUACCGUAGCUUCCUAACGCCGAGAAUAACUUCCGUCUUCCCCACCAAAGCAAUGAGCGGAGACACACUCACGAUCACAGGACAAGGCUUCGGCAGCGUCCCCUCAAGUAUUACCGUCACCAUUGGCAACAGCACGUGCAAGGCUCACUCAGUCGCGAGUGGAAGAAUAAUGUGCGUUCUCGAGGAUCAUCCCGCGGGUCUUUACGACGUUGUAGUCCACGUCAAAGGAAAGGGAUUUUCUGGCUAUAUAACCAAUCAACCAAUUAAAAUGACUUAUGACAUAGCGAUCGUUAGUGCGUCUGUGAAGGAGAGUGGUCUAGGUGGAGGGAGGAUUGUGUCUAUACAAGGACAAGGUUACGGUGCUGCAACAGUUGUAAAGAUAUGUAAAAGUUUAUGUAUUGUGAUGGAUGUCAGCGCACGACGCAUGCGCUGUGAGGUACCGCCAUACCGAGGGAACAUUACCAAAGAUGUGACCUGCCCUCUUGUUGUGUAUGGGGCGGAUGGUGUGAUGGCAUCCAAGCCGGGUUAUUUCACGUACCGUGUUGCUCUGACCUCUAGGAUUACUUCAGUUAGCCCAUCCCGUGGGGGUACCGGUGGGGGAGUGACUAUUACUAUUACUGGUAGUGGGUUUAGCACGACUUCUGGUGGUAACAAAGUAACGAUAGCAGGAAUCAAAUGCACUGUGACGUCAUUCUCGAGCACUGAAAUCAAAUGCAUUACUGGUCAGCGGCGUGGUUUUGUUCGUACAAAGGUUCGCGUCGAGGUGGAAGACAAAGGGGUAUCGACCAUUGAGGGUGCUGACUUUGAGUACAUAGACGUAUGGUCGUCACUUUAUUCCUGGGGAUACAAGGAUCCACCAAUCAGAGGAGACCUUGUUGUGAUCCCCAAAGGCCAGACAAUGCUACUAGAUGUGAGUACUCCCGUACUGGCGGCCUUAGUCAUUAAAGGGAAGCUUAUCUUUGACGAGAAAGAUUUGGUGUUAAACGCGGAGAAAAUCAUCCUUGUUGACGGUGGUGUGCUCGAAGUUGGAACCGAGUCAAAACCCUUUCAACACAAGGCGAGGAUCGUGCUCCAUGGAAACGUGAGGUCUGUUCAGCUGCCUUUAUUUGGUGCAAAGGUCUUGGCUGUUAGAGAAGGGACUUUGGACCUGCAUGGUAAACACGUGCCGAUCACGUGGACACAUCUGCAGAAGACCGCUGACAUAGGUGCAACCCAAUUGCUACUGAAGCAGUCUGUCACCUGGAACGUUGGGGAUAAUAUUAUUCUAGCUUCAACAAGCAGGCGUCCAGGAGAGAACGAAGAGUUAACAAUUACCAGUGUGUCAGGAGAUGGCAGAACGAUAGAAGUAAAACCAGCCUUAAAAUACAAACACAUCUCUAUCAAUCAAACUAUUGCUGGCAAAGUGAUAGAGACGCGCGCCGAAGUGGGUCUUCUUACUCGGAACGUUGUCGUAGAGGGCUCGGUACAACGAGAAUGGUCCGAAGGUAUCCGAAAGUGCCCCAAAGACUUUGACCCAGACCAGUUUGCGACUCAGACUUGUUUUAAUGGUCGAUACAAUGAUGAAGAACAAAGUGACCAGUUCGGGUCUCAAAUCAUGUUGAAUGCUAAAGAAAUGAAUAAAGGACUUGUGACAGGAAGGAUAUCGUAUAUCGAGGUUCGACAUGCAGGACAGUCUUUUAAACUAGGUCGUUAUCCCAUUCAUUUCCAUAUGAGCGGUGACGUCACAGGAUCGUACGUCCGCGGCUGCGCAAUACACCACACGUUCAACCGUGCCGUGACGAUCCAUGGUGUGCACGGGCUGCUGGUCGAACGUAACGUAGCAUAUCACGUGAUGGGGCAUGCGUACUUCAUCGAGGAUGGAAUCGAGACUGGAAACACCAUUCAGUAUAAUCUUGGUGUGUAUGUGACGUCAUCGAGCAGUCUACUCAAUGUGGAUGUAACGCCUGGGACAUUUUGGAUUACAAACCCAAACAACACAGUUCGCCAUAACGCCGCGGCAGCUGGAAGUCAUUUCGGAUUCUGGUACAACAUGCCGGUACAUCCCGGAGGACCCUCGUAUGCCCCUACAGUCUGGCCGAGAAAAAACCCCCUCGGAGAAUUCCGUAAUAACACCGCGCACUCAUUUGGACGAUACGGAUUAUGGAUCUUCCCGACGUACAUCCCACUUCUGACACCAACAUCAAGUACAGACAUAACUGUCCCCGCCAAGUUCCAAGACUUCCUUGCGUACAACAACUUGAAGGGGUUCGAGGUAAAUGAAGUGGGCGCCGUACAAGCUGUUAACUGUACGAUGAUGGACAACAAGGAGGCUGGCUUUGAGGUGACGAUUGUUCAAGCUCCUUGGAGCGCUACAAGAGGUGCAGCGAUCCGUGAUUCGUUAGUCGUAGGAUACAGUGCAAUUAGUGGUAAUGACCCCUCGCAUUGCACCUUUGGUGGUGUUGUCGGACCUCAGUCAACAAGGUUAACUUUAUCAGGUGUAACGUUUGUUAACUUUGAUGCACCAAAGUGCGCAGCAUUGAAAGGGUGUUCGUUCUGUCGUCCGAAUCAAGGUGGAUGGACUGUUAAACUUGAGAAGACCAAGUUUAUACGUUCGCCAAAUAAGGCUGGAUUUCUAUGGCAACACGAGACGGUGUAUAAAGACCUAGACGGGACGCUUACAGGCUUUGCUGGGGGUAGUAUCGUAGCAACCAAUGAAAACCUAUCCCCUCAACACUGUACCCAAUCCCCCUCCGCCAGUCUUGGCGAUGUACCAGGGAGCAUCUGUGACGCAUCUAUAAAGUUCCGUCGCUUUGCUUGGAACAACCCAGUGCCUUCUUCCCUUCUCUACAAAGACGCGUUGCUAAGUAACCAGUACGGAACGAGCCGUGUUCCAUGGGCAUCGAUGCGUCUGACGCACAAGAACGGAUGGAUGGCAACGGUGAUUGUCGGGGAAAACUAUAACUUCACAUUUGAAAAUGCGCAACAGCUCAGUAAUAUUUCUUACAGUGGCCGAUUCUACGAGUUUGAACAAGAUGACUACGUAUUGAUAACCCAUCCGAUGAAAUACAACCCUGACAUCAUCAAAACAACCGGGAAAACAAUCAACAUGUCCAGCGGUAUACCACAGCCACAGCAUGCGUCAACGGGGGAUUGGUYUUAUAGUAACAUAACGAAAGAGAUGACUUAUAUAGUGACAGGGGACAGUAAUGGCGGACUGGUCAAUAGGGAUGUCAAGCUACAAGUAAUUCGCUGUUUCUAUAAAAACUGCAUCAAACCCACCCCACCCCCUCCCCCCGAGAAAAGACCUCUACAGUACCUGAAAUGGUCUGACCCUGAAAGCUGGUACGGCACAGAAGAGGGCUACGGGGGAUAUAACAAGAAGUUACCUGAAGAUGGCGAUGACGUCAUGAUUAAACAAGGAUGGUGGAUGGUUGCUGAUGCUAAAAUACCAACCUUAAGAAAACUCAUCAUAUACGGUACAUUAGAACUGGACCCAACCUUGGACUUUGAACUCAACGCGACGUACAUCUUCGUAGCGCCAGGUGCCAAUCUUAUUAUUGGUUGGCCUGAUCAGCCAAUGAGUGGGCGAGUUGUCAUCCGGCUUCAUGGGGACUGGGACACACCGGAAAUGAUUUUGCAGGACGCGCCAAGUAUUGGUGCAAAAGCUAUGGCCAUUUUUGGAAACCUUGAAAUCCAUGGUCAAAACCAGACCGUGUACUGGACUCAGCUUGAAAGGACUGCGGAUGCUGGAGCGAAGGAAAUUCGAGUCAAAGAGGCCGUUGAUUGGAUGAAGGGUGAUGUGAUUGUCAUUGCGCCGACUACCUACAUGCCACAGGAAACUGAGGUUAUGACAAUAGAGAGUCUGUCUGCAGACGGCAAAACCAUCCAUCUAGUCGACAACCUAAAACACAAGCAUAUUAGCAUGACCAGCACUAUAGGAUCACAGAAUGUUACCAUGGCCGCAGAAGUAGGACUGCUGACCAGGAAUAUCGUGAUCGAAGGCGCUGAUGACGUCACUGGGCUACAAGAGAAGCAGCUGUUUGGUUGUAGAGUAUUGGUCAGCUCGAUGAAAGGAAGUCACGAGAAUAAAGACAGAAGGAUAAGGAUAGAAAAUGUUGAGUUUCGAAAUUGUGGACAAGAUGGCUGGUCAGACUAUUAUGAUCCAAGGUACUCUCUCUCUUUCCUUGACAUACCACAUCUCUCCUCUUCAUCGUACGUCCGUGGUAAUUCUUUCCAUCACGGCUACAACACUGGCUUAGGAGUGUUUGGAGUGAAUGGUCUCUUGAUUCAAGAUAACAUCGUUCAUCGGUCUCUUGGGUCCUCAUUCAGGAUAACUGGAUCACGAYACACAUUAUUACACAAUCUGGCCGUGUUCAGUGUCUCUCCAGCGACAUUCAAUGGACGGCAAGAAUCAAUGAACAUGUUAUGGCAUUCAUCGUUUGAACUCAACCGAGCAGAUGACAUCACGCUACGAGACAAUGCUGCAGCCGGUAGCGAGAGGAUUGGGUUCCACAUUCGCGGUGAGAAAUGCUAUACCGCUGAUCCAACAAACGCCUGGCUCAGGAACGCGGCCCAUUCAUGUUUACACGGUGUUCAUAUUGGCUACRAUGAUGGAUAUCCUGGCUGUGCUAAGGUUGCGAAUUUCCUGAGCUGGAAAAACUGGGACUAUGGUGUCUUUGGUUAUCCAAGAUCGAGGGUGAUGGUGGAGGACUGUAUACUCGUUGAUAACAAAGCAGGUGUCUUGAUAAACGUCUACGCGCCGCCUUCUCUCUCACACACUACCGCUGACAAGUUCGUCGAGCUUGAUCGCAUACUCAUAAUAGGUACCAGUCCCUCUUUUGACUGCUCAGUCGAUACCAUUGCACCAAUCAACGCGCACGUCACCGCCAAGGCUCGUGGACCUCGAACUAAAGGGGGUGGACACAUAGGGUUUGUGUUAUCGACCUUUUCAUCUGGUCCUGGCUUGGCGCCGGAAUUUCCUUGGAACUUGAUCGAGUCGUAUCCAGCCAUCAAUGGCAUAACUAGGAUUAACUCCAUUACCUUCUCGUCUUUUGGGACCAAGUGUGGCAAGAGAAGUGUUGCGAUAAUGACGAACCCCUUGUCACCUGACGCCAUGCAUCCGACAGAGAUCCGUGGCUUAUCCCUACAUUCUAUGAACCAAUCAAAUCUGGUCCUGUUAGAGCCGCCUAUGUUGGGUUGGGUCAACCCAUCUGAUUGUGUCGAUAUGGACUGUGAUGGUCACAAGGAGGUUCUCAUCACUGAUGUUGAUGGAUCCAUGACAGGAAGAGCUGGGGGAACUGUCAUCUCGAAAGCUGAAUAUGAGUGGAAUGGUGAUCCGAGACGUGGCUUGGGUGAUUACCGUAUACCCAAAGCGAUGCUCACUGGCAAAGAUGGAUCCAGGUUAAAUGCGUCUGUUGUCGCGCCGCAUCAUGGGAUAGUAAGGGGUACUCGAAGUAAGAACCUUUGUAAAUGGAACGUCGAUUGGAAUGCAUACACCUGUAGAGAUAUAGAUUAUGAAAUGCUCGUGAUAGAAAGCAUGGACGCAGACACUGAGGUGCGCCGGCUGUCACCCGUAGCAUUGUCAGCGGAUGGGUAUACGAAUCUCCUAAAUGGUCCCCAGGACCACGGCUGGUGCUUCGGAUACACGUGUCAAGAAAGGAUCUCAACCUUCUAUGGUAUAGUGGCCACUGGACGGAACUAUACUCUGUAUUUCACUGGUACGAAUCCUGAAAAGCUACGCCUACGACUCCUGAACAGCAACACCCAUCAAGUCUUACGCUUGUCCAUCUGGUACUCCAAACCUGGACGACUUGAUAUCUAUCGUAAGGGACAGUAUGUCUACCCUACGAAUACAGACUUCAAGAACAGCGGUUUUACUCUUAAGAAAAAGGAUCCACGCCUCCCAGACGAUCAGUUUGAGCCCCCACUCACAAGUAUCAGCGGUUCAAGCUAUUUUGAUAACGAACUGAAGAUGUUAAUGGUAGUUGUGCGUGGUGGGAGCCCUGUGGAUAUUCGAACCAUGCCUAUAAUUCAAGUCACAAUAGGCACUAAACCGGUGCAUGUGGAUGAUUUCUUCGAAAAGAAUCUCAUCAGAAAUCUGGCGGCUCUGCUGAAUAUCGAACGAUCCCGCAUACGCGUGGUUGAGGUCGUAAACGCUGCGGGACGACCCCGAAGACGUCGAUCAAUCCCGCAAGAUGACACGAUGAAAAUAAAACUAGAGAUUUCUAAUCCACCGCCAUCCCGUAUCCCGUACAAACCUGAAGAACGCUACGACGAAAACAGUACUUCCGGUCCAAGUACCAGUUCACCAACGUCCACGACACCUCUUCCUUACCCGGAUGUGACGUCAUACUCGGAAUUAAAGCAGCUGUCCUCCAAGAUAGUCGAGGCCGCACAAACUAAAAGGAUGUCCAAGGCUCUAAAACUCGACGUAUUAUCGAUUGAUGUGGUCGAUCCCGAACCUCCCCGAGUGGACCCGACUGGUGGUGUUCGGGCUACGAAUGAAACGGGUGGCCCGUCUAAUCGAACAUGGCGAUAUGAUGAAAUUAUGACAUGGAAGGAAGAAAACAAGACUAAUCCUGAACAUGAUUAUUUGAUUCCCGCUAAACUUCUCGUCACUCAGAGCCCUAAAGAUGCCAACGAGACUGUCCCAUUUGGUCUGCAGCCAAGGCUCCUGAUUCUGGAUGCGUUCAAUAGGACUGUUAAGACGCUUGGACAUGGAAAUGAUUCCCAAUGGUUGAUAACAGCUACAAUUCGGCGAGGUACAGGUCAACAAGGGUCUCUCCUUGGCGGGAACAACACUAUUCCAUUUAUCAACGGCUGGGCAGACGGCUACAUCGUUGACUUCACCGUAACAAGCCCAACAACAGYAAACAUCACAGCAUCGUCUGAAGCAUUCGAGGUCAAAGAAAGGGUUCUUUAUUUUACGUUGAUUUCGAGUCCACGUGAAGCGAACGAGACGGUACCGUUUGACCAGCAGCCUGUUGUGGAAGUGCGCGAUGCGGCGAAUGGAGACCUGGUGACGAAUACAGGUUGGAAAGGAAGGAAAUGGAUAUGUAAUGUUGCCAUGGAGAACCCAAGCAAAAACAAAGGUUACCUGAACGGAUCAACAAGUAUCGGGUUUACAUCAGGCGUUGCAAGGUUUACUAACCUGUCUAUUGAUUAUGCUGGUAGCGGCUACAUCCUCAGUAUAAAUGUCUUCACUGUGCCAGCGUCACGAUAUUCUUAUGGCAUUAGUACAAACCCUUUUGAUGUCAAGGAGAGACAGCUUAAACUCGUUAUCGUCCAACAACCAGGAAACUGCAAUGAUACCGUAACAUGUGGUUUCCAACCCAUCAUCGAAAUCCAAGACCUUGCCACAAACCGACCGGUCGGUAAUAUAGGUUGGCGUGGUCGGAAGUGGACGCUUCUUGCCACGAUGGUCAACGGAAUUGACCCCAGCCAACUGAACGGGACAACUCUACUCACUGUUCCCAAGUCAGGAAGGAUCAGAUAUUCUGACUUAAGGUUCAGCGAUGUUGCUAAUGGAUAUCAGAUGAAUUUCCAAGUGACCACUUUACCUUAUUCAGCUUCGUAUUCGCGACUGACGGUAACUUCCGAACGGUUUGAUGUUCGACAAAGAAUAUUCUACCUACAGGUGAUAACCCAGCCAGGUUUGGCCAACGCGUCUGAAGUGUUUGGAAGACAACCUGUAGUUGAAGUGAGGGAUGCUGGAACACGUGCUCGUGCCACGCCUCUCAAGAGCACGUGUACGGUGACAGCAUCGCUGUUUUUAAAUCCCAAACCUGGAAAAUCAAUCCUGAAAGGAAACCAGACUGUCUUAGUUGAAGGAGAAAGAGCAAGGUUUACUAACCUGAUGAUCACUGAGUAUGGAGAGGGAUACGUUUUAAGUUUUGAGUCACGCAGUGGAAAACGUGUCCUGUCUGACAGAUUUGAGGUGCGCUACGUCAAUGAUUACUUUCCCGAAUUCAUUCCGAACAAUUCAACACGAACAUCAUCCGUAUCCGAAGGAGUAUCGAUCGGAACAUUUAUCCAAACCGUCAGCGCAUCAGACAAAGAUCAAGGAAGUCAAGGCAUCGUGUCUUAUUCAAUUCACUCGGGUAACAUCGGAGAUGCAUUUUCAAUCGAUAAACACUCGGGUAAUAUAACAACGAGAAAGCUCUUAGAUCGAGAGGCUACUGCAUCGUAUAUCCUUAUCGUCCGAGCGAGCGACGAAGCUGUAGCGGAAAAGAUUCGAUUUGCCGAGAUGAAAAUAGUUGUCAUAGUUACAGACUUGAAUGAUAAUGCUCCAGUAUUUGAAAUGAAUCCUUUGAGAGCCAACGUUUCCGAGACGGCCUCGCCAGGUCACGUGAUAGUACGAGUAAAGGCGAGUGACCCGGAUGCAGGCAGUAAUGGUGAUAUAAGGUUCUCUAUCACUAAAGGAAACAGCGAUAGAUAUUUUAGCAUUAAUGAGAACAAUGGUGACAUUAUUGUCAAGAAAGUGCUGGACAUGGAAGGGCAAACGCCACCGAUGCUGAGUUACACUCUUGUCGUUAUGGCAACAGACCGUGGAACACCCAACCAACGUCACAACACUUCAUCAGUCAUCAUCAACGUCAUAGCUGUGAACGAGUUCGCUCCGUAUUUUACCCACAGUACAUCGCGGGACAUUAACAUCAAAGAAAACGUCGAUGUCGGAGACAGUGGUCUGGAACUAGUUGACGUAAAUGCUACUGAUAAGGACUACGGUACUCAAGGACAAGUAACCUAUUCCAUAUUAUCUGGCAACAGUGAAGGUCGAUUCAACAUCAGCGCAUCAACAGGAGUAGUCAAACUAACACACAGUCUAGACUACGAACACACACGUGACUACACGUUAGUGAUUCGUGCGAGUGAUGGUGGCAGCGGCGGGACUGGUUUACAUGCUGACUUCACGUUAAGGGUUCACGUGAAGGACAUCAACGACAACAAACCCUUAUUUGCCUCUUCUAUUAAUGUUGUGAAUAUUCCUGAGACCCUAGCAGUAGGACAAGUUGCCUUCGCUGUCAAGGCAUCAGAUGCCGAUUCCAGUAGCAACGCCCUCGUGUCUUACAGCAUACAGUCCGGAAAUAACGAAGGAUAUUUCCAGUUAAACUCGAACACUGGUGAAAUGAGACUAAUGAAGAGCCUCGAUUUAGAGACGUUACAAGAGGAAGACUGGAACCGAACACUGAAGAUCAGCGCAAGUGAUCAUGGGAUACCCCAGCUAACAAGCAGUGCAGAUUUUGAGUUGCGAUUGACGAGUAUCAAUGAGUACAGCCCCGUGUUUGUUAGCAACCCCUUAUCACUACAGUUGCUUGAGAACAUCAACAUAGGGACCAUGAUUGACCAGGUGUCCGCUAGUGAUAAGGAUUUUGGGUCUGAUGGACAAAUAAGGUACRCUAUAAUCAGUGGUAACAGUGAACGUAAGUUUCGUGUUGAUGGGUCCUCUGGGAAGAUAUUCAUUAACGCCCCGCUCGAUCGUGAACACACGGCAAGGUUCAAUCUCAAGGUACAAGCAGCCGAUAGCCCUAUUAAUCCAGCCAAUCAGCGACAAUCUUGGACUCACGUGGAUAUCAGUGUUGAAGACACAAACGAUAACGAACCAACCUUUAGCCGGAAGUCUUAUUAUGCGUGGGUGAAGGAGACUGCUCAGACCGGAAGUGAUGUCAUCACAGUUCAGGCCAAUGAUCCUGAUCUGGGUUCAAACGGCGAGAUUCAGUACUCGAUCUCAUCCGGUGACACACACAGUUUCUUCAUGAUUGACAGCACAACAGGAACAAUAAAAGUACAACGAAGCCUCGACUUGGAGACACAGACACACGUGGAUGACCUCAUCUAUGUACUAACAAUCCAUGCUACAGACAAGGGCUCACCAAACCCUCUUAGCAACAGUGCUGUCGUUACCAUAGAGAUAAAAAGCGUGAAUGAGUUCACACCACAGCUUCUACAGCCUUCAUCAAUAUACGUCAGAAUCCCACAUACGAUUGCUAUUGGGGCCCUGGUUGUAGAUAUAAAUGCAACAGACGCAGAUUUUGGCUCUGAUGGUACUCUUAACUACGAAAUUAUUAAGGGCAACACUGAACAAACUUUUUUAAUUGACAAAAACACGGGUAAAAUAACCGUUGCUAAGCAACUGGACUACAGCGUUCUUCCAAGGUACUUCCUCAGCAUAUAUGUAUCCGAUGGACCGAGGAACGGUCUCCAUCGUGAUGUCGUUGCCAAUGUUAUAGUAAGAUUGACAACUCCCAAUGAUACUGGAGGGACUGAUUUGGCUAUUCUGGAUUUGUGUCCUCAUCUAACGACUCCUGGGAACAUUGCUCAGUCUGGUGGGGUUCCUGUAUCUUGUAAUUUCAGCAUUGGUAUACUACGGGCUGGAGGACUGUCUGAGAUAUUGCUCCUGGAUGAUAAUCGUGUCCGCAUAGACGACAAAAACCUAUCACGUGGUCUAUUUACCGUCGUCAAGGGCGUGCAAUAUUGGGUCAUUCAAGCCAACACAGCCGGCCAUCUUGGACAAGGCGCUUUUGUCGUUCAUGUAGAAGGAGUUUACAGUAUGCAAAUCAAGAUGGACGUGAUUGGUUUUCAUUCCUUAUUACUAGAGGCAUCGCUUGUUUCUCCUCAUUGGAUACUUAGAAAUUAUUUCCAACGUGUUGGAAGCAAGGACGGUAGCUUUGAAGAGGCCGAACUGGUACCACAAAUGAAAAUGACUGACAAUACCUAUUAUGACUUGAAUCACGUCACUACUACGUCAUAUCACGUGGUCAAUAAUGACGUCGGCGUCGUGGCAAAGGUCGGUCCUAGUCCCCCUAACCGGCUCCAAAUCGAUCGCACAAGCUCAUACGGGCAAUUCAGUGUGUAUGCAAAGAUGGGGAAUUUGACAUCGCCAAAAAUCACUCUGCAUGUCAUCGAUAGAGUUGUAACUCCUGUUGAAAUCUUAUCGGUCGAUAUUCCAUCCCUGGUGAAUAAGACACUGGUAGGUGCUACAGGCAGCGCCAGUGGACGGCUUCUGGUUACCAUGGCGAUGAGUGACUCAACGCUACUUACUUUCGAUGACUUUGAGGAAUACAGUAAUCUGGUCCAGUUUGAGUGCCAGCCAGGUMUUGGAGCCAGCAUCGAUCAGAAGGGAAUAUUGACUUUGAAGCAAGACUCCCUGCAUCCAGAACGCGUGACAGUCAAAAGUACAAUCAUGGCUGAUGAUUAUGUGAGCUUAGAGGUCUUUUGUAAUACAGAACCACCCUCGGGUGGAGUAGAUAUUGGUAACUUAACAGGGCCAGCAAUAAUGGACUAUAACGAGCCGAUCCCUGUUCAUAUUAACACUACGGGAUUCACUCUACUGGCUUACAACAUCACUAUAGAAUAUGAUGAAGCUACCUUGCAGUUCAAGGGACUUACAGAGAACAUCCCUUACAGUAUUCAACGCGGUAGAAUUACUCUUCUUAAUGUCGUCACUCCUAGAAAUCCCAACCCAAGUGACAUCACUGAUGACGUCAAUCCUGUGUACCCCAGCCCAAGUUACGUUACUGAUUUGAUGUUUACAAAGCGAAAAGGCGGGGUUCCUUUCACUAGGAUUUCUUCUAGUGCUGUUCUAGAUGUGAAUUUAGCUCUUCGAUCCAAAGACAAGACAAGAUAUUGCCCGUCGCUUAGCAACCAGCUGGGUGACGUGGACUCCAAAUGUGGGCUGGAUUUUUACGAUGCGGCGACAACCAUGUUGUGUACACUGAACCCAGAUGAUGACACGUGUAAAAGCACUGGAAUAAAGCGCAAAAUGGACUUCAAUUUGAACGGCAUUAUCGAGGAAUCUGACGCGUCUCUUCUUCUGCGUGCUGCGGGGGAUCAAGUGCGCUUCGUGGCGUCUGUUCAAAUCAAUAAACCUGAUUACAAAAACAAGACCAGCCAAUGCGCAUUGAGUAUUAUCACUAGGCUCGUCAACCGAGAUGGAACACCAGCGCGCCACACCGAUACUCAAAUGUAUUUCGAGUUUUCAAGCAAGCAAGAGACUCUGCGAGACCAAAUAAAAGGGACAGUUUUCGUUCAAGGGGAAACGGUGAAGGUAUACGAUGAUGAGAACGGAUUAUGGGGUGGUAUCGUUAAAGCAGAGUCGACUGGCGACGGUGCAUUUGAAGUCAAGUCACUGGUAUCUCUUCUCGAGUUGCAAGAUCUCGGUAUCUCUAUGAUUCAAGUCACCAAGCAACCAUUGCACCCCUCUCUUUCUGUAGUUCCGCUCUUUGAUAUGCCAAGUAAUCCACUCUAUAAGGCUAAAGUAAACGUUGUGUUGGCGCCAAAUGCCCGUCUCCUAGCAACCAAGGGUCAUUCUCCACAACUAUUGGUUAAUAUGGACCAAUCAACGUCAUCCUGUAGAAACCCGAAUGUCACGAAAACCAUUGAGAUGAAAUUCCAGAAUGAUUUCUCUUCAGUUGAAGGUAGAAAGAAGGGAUUUAUAAGAGUUUUCCUUGAUGACCUUCAGCCUUGGAACUACAAUGUUACCAUAGCAACGAUCAGGCUUUCACCCGGAAGUAUCAAGGUUAACUUCGCGGCUUCCGGUCGCCUGUCUGCUUUGAACUCCUUCAUCGCAGCGAUUUGGAGCUCUAUUCAAUCAGGGUACUCAUUAGAAGUUGAAGGUAUCACAUUUGUUGCUUUUAUAGAGCUAAAUAUAGAUGGCGUAGAAUACCAAAAACCGGAAGUAAAAGCAAGCACUUCGUCAUUUCCGGUGUCUGUAGUCGUGGCUGUUUGUGUUGCCGUGGUUGUUUUGUUUGCUGUGGUAGCAGCAUUUGUUUUCUUUGGCAAAAGAAAACUGCGCAAAGAACAUGGAAAUGCAAAAUGGAUGAGAAUCAAAAAGAUGAGCAGCAUUAAUAGCAGGUCAAAUCUUAGCCUGAAUGAAUCCCCAGAUGAUCAAGAAAUGACCUUCAUAAACCGAGCCUUUCCCGAACGGUCGGACGACGAGAGGAGUAUAGACUCGACCCAAGGAAUUGCACCGUCCAAUCAAAUACCUGGAACGCCUGACAUUAUGCGCAUGCGCACACCAAGAAGAGUUGGCUCGGUAAUGUCACGUGAUUCAGUAGAAGCCUGGUGCGAGGAAGACCAGGAGUYGCCGCGCCUUCAUAAGAAGAAGGGAAUACUAAGUCCAAGUAAUGAUGGAAGGGUAUCUCCAGCUCUGCAGCCCGAGAGACCCACUUCAACUAAACUGAAGCUCAUUACGAAACAAAACAGCAAAAGUCGACUCAUUGGCGACGAGACAGACUCGGAUAGUUCUGUCCCUUCUUCACCAGAUGAAGCUCGAGGUCCUUCCGCGAGUAAUCGGAAAAUCACUGAGGGAAAUGUUAACGUUGCGAAAAUUCUUCUAGAUCAUGAUGAAGGUCGGAGAUCACCUUCAAAGGGACAGAAACGAGGAAUGAAAGAACCUCUYCAGAGACAAAGUAGCGAUAGCCGACUUGUAGAACUAAGACGAGAAAACGACCAUGAUGGAGUGCUAUUUACUCGACCAAGAUUACACAAGAAAGCUACUUGGGCAGGAGGUGCAAGCCCGCGCUCUCUGUCUCCACAGCUUAGCAAUUCUAGUUUACCUGGUCUCCCUGGGUCGACGGACUCUUCUCCUCCUGGUUCAGGGUCAUUAACACCUCAAGGUGACUGGCGCGCAGUUACGCCAUCAAGCAUCAAUAUGCGCAACAUUCCACUUAAGGAUGACCUCACCAUUCAAGAUGAACCCUUUACCGUGCGUUUACCAGUAAACAUCCUCAACACGUCACGAGAACCAAACGCGGGGCCUUUCACUAAACUUGGCUUCAUUGACACACAAACAGACAGCACUUUAACAGAAGUCAGACAGACACUCAUUGAGAGAUUUGAUUUAAAAGGAAGGUUCUUUGUGUUCGAAGAUGCGCAGAUGAUGGACAUCAAACCGUCAAGAGAAGAUGAUGUUAUUGUUGGGGAUACUUUUAGUGUGUCUGUUAUUAUCAAAAUGAUUGUCAAUCAAGACGAAACAAGGAAAUUAUUUUGUAUUUGCGACAAAGUAGCUCAGUUCCAGUGCUCCGUUUGCUAUCGGCGCGGUUACUGUGGCCGGGACUGUCAAGUAAAAGACUGGGUUGAGCACAAGAAAGAAUGCGUGCAGGAUCCAGUGUCUGCAGUGUGAAGGGGUUCAGAAGAUGCUCUAGUGAUGCGUCGUUCUUGGGCGCACGGCUCAACUAGAUGAAAACGCGAAUGCGUAUUUUUUUUCGGUUCUACAAAACGUUUUCACGAGUGUGUGUUUUAGCAUCUUUAUUUUUAUGCUUAUGUGCUCUAAGUUGAAAUUAUUUCAACAUUUUCUAUUUUUGUUUUGGUGUGUUUAUCAUUUUAUUAAGUGUGUGAAAAUUCAAUUUUUAUGUUCUUGGGUCUUUGCCGAUAUUAAUUAUUGGCAAAAUUUUUUACAUGCAAGUAAUACGUGAAAAAAGGCAAGUUAAGUUAAGAGUGUGUCAUCAUAAAGUUUACUAAUGAAUGUAGAAAAAUACAGUUUCAAGACAAACUCAUAAAAUAUACAAAGACCUACAUUCCAAUAGUGCAGAAGUCAGCCUUUUCUUAAUAUUAUUUUAGUGUGAUAUUUAUGUAACGGAGUGAAAUAAAAAGCUAUUUUGAGUGGA